ACCAGAAAAGGUUAAUUGUUAAUAGUGAUUACUUGAAAAGAAUAUAAAGAAAUUCUGGAUUUUUGUCAGAUGAUAGGGCUCUUUCCCAUAAAGCUUCAUCUGAAAUAAUGAAGACUGUCAAGCCUAUAUAUUUUCUUGUUUUCAUCAGCUGCAUUAAAUGUCAGACUCUUCAGAGAAGGUUACUAGAUGCAGCCAUACAGCAUAAUGCUACCCAGAAUUAUCUUCAGGAGAACUUAAGAGACAUCACCAGCAUUAUGGUCGCUCAGUUUCUUCAGACAGCAACAUAUGAAGAAGUAAAGACCAUAGCUAGAGAGUUACUGGGUCUUUCAGAGAAGUGCAAGAGCAUGGAGUCACAUGAGUCACUGUCCCCAUGUGCUCAUCAACUGAUGACUACUUUCCUAGAGUAUAUAUGUAACAACCCAGGAAUGCUUGACAAACAUGGGUCUUCCCACUGUUGCAAUACAAGUAACACAGCAAGGCACAAGUGCUUCCUGUCCUAUAAAAAAGAUGAUGCUGAUUACAGUGAUAUAUUCCAAAUUCCAAAUGCAGAACAUAUCUGUGAGAUGGACAAAGAGAAUCAUGUGUCAGUGAAGGACAGGUACAGUUUUGAAAUUUCUAGAACAUAUCCAUUCUUAUAUGGACCUACUAUCCUGACCAUGUCUGCUUGCUAUGAAACAGCUGUUCAGUCAUGUUGCCAAGAAGAAAAUAAGACCAAAUGCCUCCAGAUAAAGCUAGAACCCAUCAGAAAAUAUGUUAAAGAAAUGUCUUUGAGGCAUCAUCAUCUAUGUGAAAUCAAGACGAAAUUCAACCACACAGUAGCAAACGCAGUGGAAUUGGUUCUGCUGACUAAAAAACAACCUAAAGCUAACUUUUCUGAAAUUGCCAAACUCACCAUGGAUGUCAAAAAUCUGCAUGAGAUCUGUUGUGAAGGAAAUACAGUAGCAUGCGCACUUGGCAGGAGUCAGCUUAUGGACUAUACGUGCUCUAAACAGGCUAUCCUAUCCAGCAAGAUCACUCGGUGCUGUGAACAGCCAGUGCCAUUCCGAGGGGAAUGCAUCAUCAUCUCAGAAAAUGAUGACAAACCUGACCUUUUGCCCCUGCCACUCAGCAGGUUCACAGAAGACCAAUUUGUAUGCAAAGAAUUCACUGACAAGCAAGAGGACUUUCUACAAGAGUUUCUUUAUGAAUAUUCAAGAAGACAUCCAGAGUUGGCAGUUCCAGUGAUUUUAAGAGUGAAUACAGUAUAUGAAAAUUUAUUGGGAAACUGUUGUAAAUUAGAAAACCCUCUGGAGUGUUAUAGCUAUGGGAACGAAAUGUUCCAAAAAGUGGUACGUGAAAGCAGAGACCAUGUAAAAAAUCACUGUGAUUUAUUUAAGAAAUUAGGAGAGAGUAGCUUUCACAACAGGCUCAUAGUCCUUUACACCAAGAAAGCGCCACAGCUGUCUGCUCAAGAGGUGGUUCUGUUCACCAAGAAGAUGGCGGCUGCUGCCACCAGAUGCUGCCUGCUGAGCGGCGUGCAGCAGUUCCUCUGCGUUGAGGAUUCGGCAAAGCUAAUUCUUGGAGCAUUGUGCAGACGACAUGCGGCUGAGCCUAUCAACGCUGCAGUGGGUCACUGCUGUGAUGACUCAUAUGCCUUCAGAAAGCCAUGCUUUGAUGAUCUGCAAAUUGACAGAACUUAUGUUGCUCCAUCUUUAUCUUGUCACCAAAUCAUCAGACUUAAAGAGGACUUGUGUGGGGCUCAGGAGGAGGAACUCCACAUUGAAAAGCAAAAGUUCCUCAGCAACCUUGUGAAGCAGAAACUGUAUGCAUCAGAGACACAGUUUCAAGCCGUUUUGGGGAAUUUUACUCAUCUGGUGCAGGUGUGCUGCCGAACAGAGAAAAGUGAAAUAUGUUUUCAAGAAGAGGGGUCCAAACUGAUUGAAGAGUGCCAGUCUGUCUUGGAGGCCUAAAUGAUCCCAGGAAAUGUCCAAGUGGGAUCUUUGUGGAGAUCUGCAUUUAUUUUUCAUGAACCAUGAAACACAGGUUUGAUAUUCAAAAGAAGAGUCAACAAGAUAAUUUUUCAACUGCUCACAAUGUUACUCAAGAGCAGGAGCCAGUUCACACUAAAUUUCUCCUUUCCUACUUAAUAGAGAAAUCCUCUCAUUGUCACCCUGGAAAAUCCAGUCACACUCCCCAUCUCCCUACAGGUUCUCUGCUUCUAAGGAGUAGCAACAGAAAGGUGAGAACCGUGGGCUUGCAAAAGCCUCUGGUGGCUGUACUGGGCUGCCAUGGCUGGCUGGGAACUGGCUGCUCGGUUUCCAUAGGGAGAAAUACUCCACGCUUGGAGUCGGAGUUUCUGCCCAUACUACUUCUGAAAUUGAUCCUUGCCAAGAGGAACAAGAUGUGUUAUAACUUACCUUUGGGGCUGUUUAACCUGCCUCCUCUGAUGCUGGAGACCUGGUUGAAGCUCCUGGCUCCUGACUUUGUUCUAGCCCAAUCUUGGCUGUUGCCACCAUUUGGGGAGUGCACCAGAGGAUGGAAGAUCUGUCUCUCUCCGUCUCUCCUUUUCUCUCAGUAACCCUUUCAAAAUAUAAGUAAAUAAGUCUUUUAAAACAAAGUUACCUGCGUAAUUGUUUUGCCUUUCAUUUUUAGCCUGUACAUGUAAUGCUGACACUGGGGCCAAGUACUCUUAAUACAUGUGUAUUAAUUUUAGCUUUAAUAUAUGUGUAUUAAUUUUAAGAGAUAAUCAGUAUUUUCCCUGGAAGGUCUGCCAUAGGUGACAUAAACAAACUUGUAUUUGUAAUUUGAAUUUUUUUUAAUUUCUCCAGAUUUUUUGAUGUAAUAGGUAAAGUAAAAAUCAGCACUUUUAUUUGUCUUAUUUUGAUUUGCUAAAAAUAAAGAAUUAAUGUGUAUUAUAAUGCUCUUUAUUUUAAAUAAUUGUUUUCCCUCAACUUAUUCAUAUGCAUUUCAAAUUAAACACAAUAAACAUUUGUUUAGCGCCUAAAGCAUUCAAUAUGCUGUGCUAGAAAUUGCAGGGAAUAAACAUGUAAGAAAUUCUAAUAAAAGGCAAAUUUCAAAUUUCCAGUGUCACAGAAAUUGUGGUGCACAGCAAGGGUUUGGAAUCACACACUGUGGCAGAGACCCAGGAGGUUCGUGGAGAAAAUGACCUUGGCCAAGGACUAGAAAGUGGGAGCCGUGGAACUGUGGUGAAAUGUGAGCUGCCUCAGGAGACACUGAGUGACUCAAUUUGGCUACUUUUUAAGACAAGAAUUCAGUAGUUGUGGGUAGUAAGGCAGUGGAAGAUAAGGCUGCUGUGGUGGUUGGGGACACACUGUUUAAUUAUAACAGUUAAUGUUGAUCAUACACUCAUGUGAAAAGUGCCAGCCUUUGCAUGUAUUAUUCAUGUAACUCCCACAUGUGUCCA